AUCAAAGCACGAAUCGUCGUUUACUUUUUAUCAGUUUCUGGAGCAGAUCCGUCUCCUUCUAUUCCCAAUCCUCCGCCACGCUCACACACUCUCUCCCUCUCACUCGCACCUGACGAAUCCGAAGCUGAAUUUUUUCCGUUUUCAAGUGAUGGAUUCGAUUCCUUGUUGAUUUUGGGUUUUGGAGGUAAGAGAGGAAUUUGUUGAUUUCGAGCAAGCCUGGGUGGUCGAAGGAAGUGGAAUAAUUCGUUACUGGAGACGGAAUCGGGAUGGGAGGCUGUACUUCGAAGCCGAAAGCCUCACCGGAGCACAAUUUUGAUCCGCCGGAGGCAGCAACUCCUCGCCGGGGAGACAUGAGUCCGAUUCCGGCGAGGAGGAAUGGCGAGAGCGCUGCAAGCUCGGAGAAGAAGAAGAAUGAAGAGAAUCAUGAAUUAGGCAAGAAAUCCCCAUUUUUCCCGUUCUACAGCCCCAGUCCGUACCAUCACUUCUUCUCGAAGAAGUCGCCAGCGAGAUCUCCCAACGCGACGCCGAGGAGGUUCUUCAAGCGGCCGUUUCCGCCUCCAUCUCCUGCGAAGCACAUCAUGGCGGUGCUGGCGCGGCGGCGCGGCUCUGUGAAGCCGAACGAGGCGUCGAUACCGGAGGGGGAGGAGGCAGGACUGGAUAGGAGCUUCGGAUUCUCGAAGAAUUUGCACAAUAAGUAUGAGAUGGGGGAGGAGGUGGGGAGAGGUCAUUUUGGCUAUACUUGUAAAGCAAAGUUCAAAAAAGGGGAGCUCAAAGGGCAGGAAGUUGCUGUCAAGGUCAUACCCAAAGCUAAGAUGACCACUGCCAUAGCCAUUGAGGAUGUAAGAAAAGAGGUAAAAAUAUUGAGAGCCUUGACAGGUCAUAACAACCUGGUACAAUUUUAUGAUGCAUACGAAGAUCACGACAAUGUCUACAUAGUCAUGGAGUUAUGUGAAGGCGGCGAGCUUCUGGAUAGAAUACUUUCAAGAGGCGGGAAGUAUACAGAAGAUGAUGCAAAAACAGUGAUCAGACAGAUACUCAAUGCCGUUGCUUAUUGUCAUCUCCAAGGGGUUGUGCACCGGGAUCUUAAACCCGAGAAUUUUUUAUUUACAUCCAAAGAAGAAAACUCAACAUUGAAGGCCAUAGAUUUUGGUUUAUCCGAUUUCGUAAGACCAGACGAGCGUCUUAAUGACAUUGUGGGCAGUGCAUAUUACGUAGCACCCGAGGUUCUUCACAGGGCGUACAGUACUGAGGCCGAUGUUUGGAGCAUUGGCGUAAUAUCAUACAUAAUGUUAUGCGGGAGUCGCCCAUUUUGGGCGCGAACCGAGUCCGGUAUAUUUCGUUCUGUUGUGAAAGCUGAACCAAGCUUCGAAGAGCAACCUUGGCCGAGCCUCUCUCCCGAGGCAAAAGAUUUCGUCAAACGUUUGCUAAAUAAGGAUCCGAGGAAACGAAUGACCGCUGCUCAAGCAAUGUGUCAUCCAUGGAUCAGAAAUACCGACGACAUAAAAAUCCCGUUGGAUAUAUUAACCUUCAAACUCAUGAAAGUGUAUCUACUCUCGUCUCCCCUUCGGAAAGCUGCGUUACGGGUUUUGUCGAAAACGCUCACCGCAGAUGAGCUUUUCUACCUGAAGGAGCAGUUCACGAUGUUAGAACCGAACAAGAACGGUUGUAUAAGUUUAGAUACGAUCAAAACGGCGGUGAAGAAAAAUGCGACGGAUGCGAUUAACGAGUCGCGGAUCCACGAUUUUAUUGCUUCGUUCAAUGCGCUACAAUACAGACGAAUGGAUUUUGAAGAGUUCUGCGCAGCCGCGCUGAGCGUCUACCAGCUGGAGGCGCUCGACCGAUGGGAGCAACAUGCUCGUUGCGCCUACGAACUCUUCGAAAAGGACGGCAAUCGUAUCAUCAUGAUCGAGGAAUUAGCUUCGGAGCUUGGCCUCAGCCCGUCGGUGCCUGUCCACGCAGUCCUCCACGACUGGAUUCGACAUACGGACGGAAAACUCAGCUUCCUCGGAUUCGUCAAGCUCUUGCAUGGCGUCUCCGGCCGGACCAUCGCCAAGGCCCGAUGAAUCCGGCCGGGCUUCGGGUUAGUUGUUGAUUGAAAUUGUUGCAUAGUGUUAGAGAGAAUUGGAGUUAGCCGUUGGGGUCUCAACGGUCGGACGGGGAGUAACUUCUUGUGCUCUUACUGUGUAUGUAAAAAGUCGUAGUCUGUUUGUUAGUUAAAUGUGGUGUUUUCAUACAUGAAUAUAUAUAUAUAUAUAUAUAUACACAUACAUACAUACAUACAUACAUGUAUUGGAGGUGUAACUGAUGAUGCUGACAGAUUGGUGUUUUAUUUUAUUUUGUGUUUUAUUUUAUUUUAUUAUUAUUUUAUUUUAAAAAAAAAAUAAAUAAAUUUGAGAUUAUUUAGUGAAAA